GCGGCUGUGAGGGGUUGCGCGAGCCAGGGCUCCGCCCCCUCGCCGCCCGCCAGAGGGUGGCUGAGGAGGCAGCGGGAGGGGAUGGUGCGUCUGGCGGAGGCGGUGGCGGGCGCCGCUGCUUCGGCUCCUCCAUCCCCCCCGCCGUCGCCAUGGGUGUGAGUAGGGUCCCCCGACCCACGCAGAUAUGAGGUACUGCCCGGCGCCGGGAGGAGACGGGUAGAAGGAGGGGCAUCUAUUAACAAGUUCAAAGUGACAGAACCAUGGCUCAGUUUCCAACACCUUUUGGGGGCAACCUGGAUAUCUGGGCUAUUACUGUGGAGGAGAGAGCUAAACAUGAUCAACAGUUCCAUAGUCUGAAACCAACAUCUGGAUUUAUCACUGGUGAUCAAGCUAGAAACUUUUUUUUUCAAUCUGGGUUACCUCAACCGGUGUUAGCACAGAUAUGGGCUCUAGCUGACAUGAACAAUGAUGGGAGGAUGGAUCAGCUGGAGUUUUCAAUAGCUAUGAAACUUAUAAAAUUAAAAUUACAAGGUUAUCAACUCCCAUCUGCACUGCCUCCUGUCAUGAAGCAGCCACCUAUUGCUCUGCCUAGUGCACCAGGAUUUGGUAUUGGGGGUAUUGCCAGCAUGCCAUCUCUUACAACUGUUGCCCCAGUGCCAAUGGCAUCUAUUCCAGUAGUAGGAAUGUCUCCACCAUUAGUAUCUUCUGUUCCUGCAGCAGCAGUACCUCCCCUGGCUAAUGGAGCUCCUGCUGUUAUACAGCCUCUGCCUGCUUUUGCUCAUCCUGCCACAUUGCCAAAGAGUUCUUCCUUUAGUAGAUCUGGUCCAGGAUCGCAGCUAAACGCAAAACUGCAAAAGGCACAAUCGUUUGAUGUGGCUAGUGUGCCUCCUGUGGCAGAGUGGGCUGUACCUCAGUCAUCAAGACUGAAGUACAGACAGCUGUUCAAUAGCCAUGAUAAAACAAUGAGUGGACACUUAACAGGUCCACAAGCAAGAACUAUUCUUAUGCAGUCAAGUUUACCCCAGGCUCAGCUGGCUACAAUAUGGAAUCUUUCUGAUAUCGAUCAAGAUGGAAAACUUACAGCUGAAGAGUUUAUUCUGGCUAUGCAUUUAAUUGAUGUAGCUAUGUCUGGUCAGCCACUGCCACCUGUACUGCCUCCAGAGUAUAUUCCGCCUUCGUUUAGGAGAGUACGCUCUGGUAGUGGCAUAUCUGCUGUAAGUUCAGUAUCUGUAGACCAAAGGUUACCAGAAGAACCAGCAUUAGAAGAAGAACAGCAGCAACUGGAAAAGAAAUUACCAAUUACAUUUGAAGACAAAAAACGGGAGAACUUUGAACGUGGCAAUCUAGAACUUGAAAAACGGAGGCAGGCUCUUCUGGAGCAGCAACGCAAAGAACAAGAGCGUCUAGCACAGCUGGAACGGGCAGAGCAGGAAAGGAAAGAACGUGAGCGGCAGGAGCAAGAACGUAAAAGGCAACUGGAGUUAGAGAAACAGUUGGAAAAACAACGGGAAUUGGAACGGCAGAGAGAAGAGGAAAGGAGGAAAGAAAUAGAAAGAAGAGAGGCUGCAAAACGGGAACUGGAGAGGCAACGGCAACUUGAGUGGGAGCGUAAUCGUCGGCAAGAACUGCUAAAUCAAAGAAACAAAGAACAAGAGGACAUAGUUGUUCUGAAGGCAAAGAAAAAGACCUUAGAAUUUGAGCUGGAAGCUCUGAAUGAUAAAAAAAAUCAGUUGGAGGGAAAGCUUCAGGAUAUCAGAUGUCGGCUGUCUACCCAAAGACAAGAAAUUGAAAGUACAAAUAAAUCUAGAGAACUAAGAAUUGCAGAAAUCACCCAUUUGCAACAGCAGCUACAGGAAUCUCAGCAGAUGCUUGGAAGGUUGAUUCCAGAAAAGCAAUUGCUUAAUGACCAGCUAAAGCAAGUUCAACAGAACAGUUUGCACAGAGAUUCUCUUCUUACUAUCAAAAGAGCCUUAGAAGCCAAGGAACUAGCACGUCAACAGCUUCGAGACCAGCUAGAUGAAGUAGAAAAAGAAACCAGAUCUAAACUUCAGGAAAUCGAUAUUUUCAAUAAUCAACUGAAGGAGCUGAGAGAAAUACAUAACAAACAGCAACUACAGAAGCAAAAGAACUUGGAAGCUGAGAGGCUGAAACAGAAGGAACAAGAAAGGAAGACUGUAGAACUGGAAAAGCAAAAAGAAGCUCAAAGGCGAAUCCAGGAACGGGAUAAACAGCGGCUUGAUCGAGUGCAACCAGAAGAAGAACCUCAGUGGCCAAAAAAAAUUCAGGAAGAUGAAAAGCAAAAAAGGGAAGAAAUAACCAAGAAGAAGGAAAGUGAGGAUAAGGGGAAACAGGAAGUGCAAGAGAAACUGAGUAAACUUUUCCAACCACAUCAAGAGCCAACCAAGCCAGCUGUCCAGGCUCCUUGGUCAAAUGCAGAAAAAGCUCCUCUAACCAUUUCUGCUCAGGAAGAUGUAAAAAUAGUGUAUUAUAGAGCACUGUAUCCUUUUGAAUCAAGAAGCCACGAUGAAAUCACUAUUCAGCCUGGCGACAUAGUCAUGGUGGAUGAAAGCCAGACUGGAGAACCAGGGUGGCUUGGUGGAGAAUUGAAGGGGAAAACUGGAUGGUUCCCUGCAAACUAUGCAGAGAAAAUACCUGAAAAUGAAGUUCCAGCUUCUAUAAAGCCAGCAGUUGAGGCGGCUGCUGCACCUAAAGUUUCUGUGCAUGAAACCACUACAUCGCUAGGAACUCCUGCUUCUACGGAGUGUACUACAACUGCCAAUAACUGGGCAGACUUCAGUUCAACAUGGCCAACAAACACUAGUGAGAAACCGGAGACUGAUAACUGGGAUGCCUGGGCAGCUCAGCCAUCUUUGACUGUUCCCAGUGCAGGGCAGCUGCGGCAGCGAUCAGCCUUCACUCCUGCCACUGUUACAGGAUCAUCUCCCUCUCCUGUCUUGGGUCAGGGCGAAAAAGUGGAGGGGCUUCAAGCACAAGCUUUGUAUCCCUGGAGAGCAAAAAAAGACAACCACCUCAAUUUCAACAAAAAUGAUAUCAUCACAGUUUUGGAGCAGCAAGAUAUGUGGUGGUUUGGAGAGGUUCAAGGACAAAAGGGGUGGUUUCCUAAAUCAUAUGUGAAGCUUAUUUCAGGCCCCAUUAGGAAGUCAACGAGCAUGGAUUCUGGUUCCUCAGAAAGUCCUGCUAGUCUGAAAAGAGUAGCAUCACCAGCAACAAAAGCAACUAUGUCAGGUGAAGAGUAUAUUGCUAUGUAUACUUACGAGAGUUCUGAACAAGGAGACCUAACUUUUCAACAAGGUGAUAUGAUUCUUGUGACAAAGAAAGAUGGCGACUGGUGGACAGGAACACUGGGUGAUAAAUCAGGAGUUUUCCCGUCUAAUUAUGUGAGACUCAAAGAUUCUGAGGCUCCUGGAGCAGCUGGAAAAACGGGAAGCUUAGGGAAGAAACCUGAAAUAGCCCAAGUUAUCGCCUCUUACACAGCAACGGGUCCAGAACAGCUUACUCUUGCUCCUGGUCAGUUGAUUCUUAUCAGAAAGAAGAAUCCAGGUGGCUGGUGGGAAGGAGAGCUCCAAGCGCGAGGGAAAAAACGGCAGAUAGGAUGGUUCCCUGCUAAUUAUGUAAAACUUCUGAGUCCUGGUACCAGUAAAACUACACCAACCGAGCUACCUAAAUCAACAGCAUUACCUUCAGUGUGCCAAGUGAUUGGCAUGUAUGACUACACUGCACAGAAUGACGAUGAGCUAGCAUUCAAUAAAGGCCAGAUUAUAAACGUCCUUAACAAGGAAGACCCAGACUGGUGGAAAGGGGAGGUGAAUGGACAAGUGGGUCUCUUUCCAUCCAACUAUGUGAAGCUGACAACAGACAUGGACCCAAGCCAGCAAUGGUGUGCAGACUUGCAUCUUCUGGAUAUGUUGACACCUACUGAAAGAAAAAGGCAGGGAUACAUCCAUGAGCUCAUUGUCACAGAAGAGAACUAUGUAAAUGAUCUGCAGUUGGUCACAGAGAUCUUCCAGAAACCACUACUGGAAUCUGAGCUGCUAACAGAAAAAGAAGUUGCUAUGAUUUUUGUUAAUUGGAAGGAGCUGAUUAUGUGCAAUAUAAAACUACUGAAGGCUUUGCGUGUGCGUAAGAAGAUGUCUGGAGAGAAGAUGCCAGUGAAAAUGAUUGGUGACAUACUGACAGCUCAGCUGCCACACAUGCAGCCUUACAUUCGGUUCUGUAGCUGCCAGCUCAAUGGGGCCGCGCUCAUCCAGCAGAAGACAGAUGAAGUCCCCGAGUUCAAGGAGUUUGUUAAAAGGUUAGCAAUGGAUCCUCGCUGUAAAGGAAUGCCACUAUCAAGUUUUCUACUAAAGCCUAUGCAACGGGUAACAAGAUACCCACUAAUAAUUAAAAAUAUAAUAGAAAACACUCCUGAAAACCACCCAGACCACAGUCACUUGAAGCAUGCUCUUGAGAAAGCAGAAGAAUUAUGUUCUCAAGUAAAUGAAGGAGUGCGGGAGAAGGAAAAUUCAGAUAGGUUGGAGUGGAUCCAGGCUCAUGUUCAGUGUGAAGGCCUGUCGGAGCAACUCGUAUUUAAUUCUGUUACAAACUGCUUGGGACCACGCAAGUUUCUGCACAGUGGGAAACUCUAUAAAGCCAAGAGUAACAAGGAACUGUAUGGCUUUCUGUUCAACGAUUUCCUCCUCCUGACUCAGAUCAUAAAACCUCUUGGCUCUUCUGGCACAGACAAGGUCUUCAGCCCCAAGUCUAAUCUGCAAUACAAAAUGUACAAAACUCCAAUUUUUCUAAAUGAGGUACUAGUAAAAUUACCCACAGACCCUUCUGGAGAUGAGCCCAUCUUCCAUAUCUCCCACAUUGAUAGAGUCUAUACACUCCGGGCUGAAAGCAUUAAUGAAAGGACUGCCUGGGUUCAGAAGAUCAAAGCUGCUUCAGAACUUUACAUAGAGACUGAAAAGAAGAAGAGGGAAAAGGCCUACUUAGUUCGCUCGCAAAGAGCAACAGGCAUUGGGAGGUUGAUGGUGAAUAUUGUUGAAGGCAUUGAACUAAAACCGUGCAGGUCUCAUGGAAAGAGUAACCCAUACUGCGAGGUGACGAUGGGCUCUCAGUGCCACAUUACCAAGACGAUACAGGACACCCUCAAUCCGAAGUGGAACUCCAACUGCCAGUUCUUUAUCAAAGACCUUGAGCAGGACGUGCUCUGCAUUACAGUGUUCGAGAGGGACCAGUUCUCCCCAGAUGACUUUUUGGGCAGAACAGAGAUCCGUGUGGCAGACAUUAAGAAGGAUCAGGGUUCAAAGGGACCAGUUACAAAGUGUCUCCUUCUGCAUGAAGUCCCAACAGGAGAGAUAGUCGUCCGACUAGACCUGCAAUUGUUCGAUGAGCCUUAGAAGGAAAGGCACUGAUGUAUUAUUCUGGUCUGAGUUCACUGCAAUAGGUGCCUGCAGAAGCAAAAUCCUUAUUGGCGUGGUAUGAAACUACUGCUUGCCCUUCACACGUAAGAGGGUUAUCAAAGCAAACAGGAGCAUCUUUGUGCCUUGAUAAUUCUCACUGAAAAACGAAUCCCAAUUUAGUGAGGAGAUCUCUCUCGAUUCCUCUAUGUGGAACUUGAGGUUAGUUUCCUGGGUUUAUGAAGUAACCUAGUUGUUCGUUGUGCUCCAGCCUGAAAGGCUGGCAAACCACAUAGGUUGCUGUGCUCGCUCCAGUUACCCUACACUUUAAUUUACAUGAAGAAGGCAAUGUUGGUACGUUUUGGAGGCUUUCUGCAGGGUUUUCCCCCUUAAGGAAUUCUGUGCCUGUUGCUCAGCAAAGUAGCGUGUAAAUGUAAUGUGAAUGGAAGGAGCAGUUAUGCAGGAAGAAGAUCUCUGAAGAUCUUCAUGGUGGUACUGAAAAGACUUAGAAAAUAAAUAGUCUAUAUCUAUAAACAGAGAAGAUUCUAUUAACAUACCACUUCAUGAAUUAUGUUGCCCCUGAAAAUAAAUUAUGUACAGGCCUUCUGCACAGAGAUGAAUUGCACUCCAGAAAGUCUGCCCACUCGGUACUUUUGGAAGUUGUUGUUUUCUAUAGGACUGUAGUGUUCGAACAGUAAACAGAGGCUUAAAGAUAGAGCCCUGCUGAAUGUUGCGCUAUACCACUUCGAUACUACUGUACUACUGCUGCUUGACUGUGUGACCGCAGAUGAACGAUCUGUCACCUGCAGCGGGGAAGAAAAAAAAAAAAUCAUGGCUGUAGCUCAGGAAGCUAAUUUGUACCCCGCAGAGCCCAGUUUGCAAAGCAAUCAGUGGUGACCCGUUAUUAAAUUGUACCGUGCCUAACUGUGUUUAACAUCGUGUUACUGAAUUCAGGGCAGCAGCGUACUGUAGCCGAUGAAGGUGUUUGUGGCGAGCCGGGGUGGUCACCGUUUUGGUGGCAGCAGCGCCGGAUGCGACCAGAAACAGAGUGCAUGCGGUGGUGCAGAGUGGGUAACCCCAAAGUAAAAGCCUUGUCAUCCGGGGGAAUGCCAGGGCUUAUAGAUCCGUUUAACUCCACAAAUACGCACGUAUAGGCCCACAUCCAGAAAACUUUCCCUGUUUGGCAAAGCGCCCAGCUUUAAGCGUGCACUUACGUCUUGUUUCCCUUAAGCACAUGCGUAAGUGCUUUGCUGAGUCUGGGCCCGAGAGACAAUAGGCCCCUAAGAGGAAAAUUCCUCUUUGUUCUGCUCGGAUUCAUUUUGUUCGUGACCUAUCAUGCAUACACUGGUAUUUUUGUAAGGACUUUAUUUCCGAAUGGGAGGUGUCAGCCUGUUUCAUUAGCAUGUGAACGUUCUUGUGGAGCCUGUUGUUAGGUUUUGGUGUUCCUUGCAUGUCCUUUCAGUACUGGUUUCCACCUUUCCUGUAUAGGCGGUGUUCUCUAGCACUACAAGUCUUAUCGAUUUCCAUUAGGAAAUUAGGAUAUAUUCAUAACAGAUAGGUAGAUGCAGUAUGGUAAUAAGUGUAAACUGUGCUGGGAAUUGUCUGUGUAUUAUAAUUUCCUACAAGACCACUGUAAUGUUUCAAGCAAUGGGAAAAAAAAAAUGUAUGUUGGAGGGACGACAAAGUUUACAUUUCAUACUUUUCAGAAUCGCUUUAUUAUUUAUUUAUUGAAGAUAGUGUAGAAUUUUGUAUCAGAAAUUACAGACAUACUUAUGUAUUUUUUGAAACAAAACAGAGAUACACACUUUAGUUAGAAACUUUCAACUGACCACAUUUUAGAGGGAGUGUAACUUCCUAGGCAUGCAUUUGUUUACCACUAACUGGCUGAAAACACAAUUAAGAGAACGUUGAGUUUCUAUUUUUCAAUGUUGUUAAGAAAAUUGUUUCAAUUAAAAUAUGUAAAUAGUACUAAACCCAUGCUUUCCUAAUUCCAUAUUAAUACAUUUUAUUAAAUAUAAUGUAUAUGAAAUACACAUUGUUGUGGUAGGAUAAAAAAAGUGAUAAAAUCUAUUAAUGGAGUAACAUUAAAUGUCAUUGUCUAACCUUUUAUUGCUGUCCUAAUUUUACUCAGUAGCUGUAAAUAUGGUGAACAUUCAUUUCAGCGCUUAAAAAGUAGCAUCACUUUUUUAUGGUGUCAUUUCACCAGCAUGAAUUACAGUAACAACUAAAUAGACAAACAGGACAAAAAAAGACCGUGGGUGUAACGCAGAAAUCCUGGCCAGCUUUUUCAAGGGAGCCUCAAGGAGCUGCACCUUCCCCUGAGGCUCAAGGGGUGUGGGAAGCGGGGGACCCGUAGCUGCAGGGGCUCCUCUCAGAUUGCCACCCUUGUCAUGGGCAUGUACGACGGCACCAUUUUGGGGAACCGUAAAAGAGCUACUGAGCACCGUCCCAACCACCAUCACUUGUGAUUUCCCACUUACCCUCGAUGCACAGCAAUGUUUAACUCCAUUAAUGUCAACAGGAGUUAUGCAAACAUGAUGACGAUGAAAGGCUGGGGUUUGGCUCUCAGAUACCUAAUGAAUCCCUUGUAAUCAGUCUGAUCCUAAGGAGGAGGCUUGUCCUAAUCCCUGUGCAUCCAGGACAGAACAUACACCCUUAGAGCCAGCUGGCUGUGCAUCGGGACAUCGCUGCUUUCUCACUUGCUUGCCCUCAGUGCUCUGUAGCGCCGAGGCCUGUGCUAUUUGCAUUUGAGGCAUGAUUGGCACCGCUGGCUUCCCAAAUGACUGCUUUCACCAGCGUUAGCCAAAGGUUCUUAGAAACCCAUUGACUCCUGCCUGGUUUUCCCCGAUCAGGAAUGCCACAGCCUUGCAUGUCGCUUUGCAUUAACUCCAUGGCUGCGUGGGCUAUGGGUUUCUGCUUUUCUGCCUACUGUAGCUGCAUAUACCUCCUGCUCAUCCAGGACUUCACACUGUAAAAGCUAUAGGCUUUUACUGAAGAAGGAGACUCAAUAGCUGUAGCCCUACUAGUACUUUCAUAGAGAAAACUGCAAGCUCUCGUAGGCUUGUUUCAAUACCACCUGUGUUUGGAAGAGUUUGGGGAAGAGGGAGGCACGCAGCAGCAGCAACACCUAGGAAAUUACGUGUCUCUUCGUGUAUUUAGAAAGCCAGCUGGCAUUACCACGACAUAUGGAGGCCGAGCCAUCCUCUUACGAGUGCCACGAGCUGGCUGUUAGGCCAAACGCUGCUAGUCUGCGCUACCAGUAUUCAGUACCUGUAUUUAUGUAGACCCUAUUUUUCGGACACUGGUUAUUGAUCUCUGAAUAUCUUUGCAAAACAGCAUACCUUAGCUCACAGGUCCCUUUCCAGCCUCAUCGAGAUGGGUGUAAACUUUUCCUAAUGUUACGCAAAACAACCACAACAAAAUCAAAGCCCAGAUAAUACCUGAUCGUGUUUUGGAUUGAAAGAGCAAAUCCAUGCAGAUAAAACGUGGAGAUUGUAAACCUGUAUAUUGUGGAGUUAUGGGACAGGCUGUCAGCAUUUGCUUUGGUAAAAUUAAUCCUGGUAGAGAGAAGGAGUACAAGGUCUCUCUGUUAUUCAUCCUUAACAUGAGGCAGUGGUGAGAUUGAACCGGUACCUGGGCCAUGGGGACUGGCUCUCAAGAUGGGGUUUCAUUUCUACCUUUUAGCAGCCUCUACUUUAUGGGAGCCGACCAUUUGUUUAGAAGGAAUUUGUCAAACUCCUUGGCUGGCAAUCAAGCCUUUCUAAAAAUAGUACUGUGACUUUUUAAUGCAUCCACUGCCUUUAUUGAAACAGUGGUCUUGCAUUGGAUGAACUGGGAGUAAAAAAAAAAACCCUAAGAGAAGGAGCAAAAUCUGCAGCACUGAGAAAACAUGCAAUGGAAAGAGUUGCACAACUGGUUUGCUUUCUGAGCUGUAAUUCAGGGAAUUGUGUUCUUCUCUUGUACAUUUAUUUUAACAAGGGGAGUGGUAUUUCUUCCUAGUGCUUUCUUGGCUUUGAGUCUUUUAGUAGAACUGAGUUAAUGGGUCAGAAACUGGAAGGGAACAAUGCCGCUUUUAGAAGUUAUUAUUAACAUGACUUGAAAAAUCGGGGUACCUGGGGAUGGACAGAAUGUCAACAUUGUUGUGGCUGCAGACAGGACAGGAUACCUCAGAGAAAGGAAAGAAUCUUUUUGUCUUUUUUCAUUUUUUUUUGGGGGGGUGUGUUAGUUUAAAAUCAGAUUCACAGCAGAACGUCAAUUAACCCAGACCCCAAGCAUCCAUAACAAUAGUAAUAAUAAUAACAACAGUGAUUCAUUACACACCAUGUGUUUGUCCCCAGACUGGGAGAACCACAGUGGAUUCAGUGCAGCUCUGUAUUUAUGCAGGAGUUUGCAUGCACUUUUUUUAUAGAAGUGGAGCUUUUCAGCUUUUUUUAACAGCCCUUAUACUCACCUUUCCAGGAAUUACCUUCUGAGAUAUUCCUCUGAGGUGCUUAGGCACUGUGCUGUUUCAAGAUGCUUUCACGAGGACUUCAUGGGCUUAUAAACAUUGCUGUCAGGCUCUUUGCUUUCCUGGUGCCAUCCAGGCAGCUCUCACGACCAUCCAGGAGGCACAGAGGUACGUGCCCUUUCUAUACAGGGAAUCAGCUGCACCAGCAUCAAUGUGCUGGUUUUCUGUUUCUCAAAGGACUGGUUUCCCUGGGCUGUAGCUGCAUGAGGCAUUUGCCAGUAAUGCCAUUACACACCAGCAAGGGUGGCUGGCCUUUCACCCAUAUCCCUCCCCAUUUGGGACCUUCCCAUCAUGGCUCUGACUGCAGUAAGAAUCAGCCUGGUCUUGCUGAUCUGCCUUGAGAGUGUGUUCUCCCUGUGGACAGGAGUCGAGAUGCCGCUCAGGGAAACCACCUGAGCUCAUUUUCUUCUGCACUUGGUCAGAUGUAGCUGGAAGUCAUUAUGUCCGGGGCAGGUUUAGCUCUCCCCUUUCCGAGGUCCACGCCAUCCUUCCCAGCAGUGCCAGGCUGGGAGCUGCCCCUGCCCACACUGCAAGCCUGCAGCCUCCGGUUCAUUGCCGGUAGGGUUGAGGCUCACAUCUGAGAUCUCCCAAGUCCCCUCCUGGCUGCAAUUCUUUUCCCCACCCACUAAGCCCGUUGGUUCCCUGCAAGCCAAACACCGGCUGCCUUGCAUGAAUGAAUGCAGUGGGUGACUGGAAAAGACAUCUCACUGCCUUGCACCAUUGUGGAUUUUCUUCUGUGUGCAUCUUGUGAGUAAACUGGUGCUUCUGUCCUGUAAUUAAGUCCUUUGGAAAGCAUCCCUCUUCCCUUCCCUUUAACCCUCCUGCUGAUGCUCAGCUCUGUGAAACAGCGCUGUUUUAGGGAUUCCUUUCCAGGCUUCUCCCUGACAGCUCAUCUGGCAGCUGACAUCUCUGCUGCAGCCCUCCAGCCGCUGGCUCAAUGCAGUGCUUCAGCACUUUAAGUCCUGCCCCAAUUCAGCGUGAAGGCAUAAGUAACGCCAGCCGGGUGCCUACAUGCUUUGCUGGGGGCGCGUGGAGGAAUUCAAAAGGCUUCGACAAUGUAAAGCCUACAUUACAAGCCUGGUUUUAAGCUCUGUAAGGAUUGAGAGAUUGCAACAGAGCACCAAACAAAUAGUCAAGAUUGAGAUAAAAUACCAAAGUAGUUUAUAGUCUUUGCAGCUGGAUCUGUUUUCUUCCUUCUCUUCCUGAAAGUGGCUUUAGCAACUAAACAGAAUUGUAUUUACUGGGCAAAUCAUAACUUAUAUACUUAGAACUUGCAACACAUUUAGAAGCACUGUAAAUGAAAAAAAAUACUAGGCCGACCUGGCCUCAGAAAUACCAAGUACCGUACCAAGUUCAGUGCUGGCAGAAAGCCAGCCUGGAGAGCCCUGAGAGGUUGCACACAGCCGGAGGGUUGACUUGGGCACCUUGAAAGUCAGAGCAUGUUGCUGAGCUGACACUAAGCCAAAUGACUGAUAAAUUACAGAACUUUUUUCUAGAUGCACUUAAUUAUGAUAUAUUUUCUCAACAUGAGUUUUUAUGAGGGAACUUUUUAAAUGUUCAUUUUAAAAUUUUUUUACCCUUUAAAAAUAAAUUGCUUUUUGUUACAUGCAAGUAGGGUUGGGGGGGGAAACCAUUGUGGAUAAUGCAGUUUUUGUAAUAUUAUUAAAUACAUUUUCAAGACUGAGAUGUGACAAGUCCAGGCUUUUACAAAACAGUGGUGUCUAUUUUCAUACUGCUCUGUUCACCACUGUGAUAGUCCAGUUUGUUCAACUCUAGCAGUCAAAAGCCCUUGAAACACAGAAAAGCUGGGAAUCGGGUUAGAUCACCUUUGCUUUGAGGGGUUUGCUCUGUACAUACGUUCCACAUGUAUCCUGGCGGUUAGCCCAAACACUCUUGGCCUACGUGCAUAUGAAUGUAUCUAUAGUUAAAUACCUGCUUUUAUAUAUGUAUGUGUGAUUAUUUGUAUAUAUAAUAUAAAAACACAGCUAUGUUGUCAUUGUCCAAUACUGAGCAAAUCUAACAGAAAAGCAUUUAUAGGCACCCAGUUUUAUUUGUUCAUUUAAGUAUUUUAAAAUAAGGACAGUCCUUGGGAAAUUAUUUUUCUGUACAUAGGAGAAUAUAUUUAGGACCUAAUGUAAAAGAAUAAAGAACUGCAGUAAGAAUAUGUUAAACUAGCCUAGUCACUUGAUAUAGCUGUCAAAGCUCUGUAGCGACCAUAGGUUAAUUCCUUGUGCUGCUUGUAAAGCUGCAGAAGUGUCGCUAACCCUGGAUUUAGCAGUCAGUUCUGGGAUCUCAGUGUGUCACGCAAGCGAAGGGAGCUGGUGCUUCGUCUGAGCCCCCUCGUCAAACCCCCCAGGCAUCAGCUCCUGCCCACCGCAGUGCGCGCAGGUGAAGGCUGGGAUGCAGGAACAUAGCGGGAAAAGGGAAGAAAUAGGGGGCAGAGCUAAAAAAGAACUUGGUGAGCAGCAGGAUCUCUGUGUCAUGCCCCCCCACCAAACCGUGGGUGGGUGUCCAUCGGGUGAUGGAUUGGAAGGGAAAUCCAUGGUGGCUGCUCCAUGGUAUGACCCCUUCUUGCCAGGAGGAAGAGGGAAGGUUGGAUGCAGAGGACCCUAGCACUGGUCUGGGUGUUUGGCCAACACGCUGCCUCUGCUCUCACUCCCUCUCACCACGUCCCACCACGUCUUUCAGGCUCUCCGAGGUUUGCACCACCACGCUCGCCCCGGUAUGGGCUGCUUUUGGGGUGACUGGGCAGCACCACCUGAAAGGUCCUGCUGGUGUGGAGGGGCCUGCGCUGCCCCUCCUGCAUCCCACCGAGGCAAGGCCCAUCACGAGCCACCGCAGAUGGCGCAUGCUCCCCCCCCACAGUGAGGCCAGACAACCCCACUCCCCUGGGGAAAAGGCAAAGCCACCCGCCGCGGGGCAGGGUUUCCCCAGGGAGGCUUCAGCUUUGCUCACAGCCUGUGCAGAAUUACCCUAUUCCAGCCCUCAAGUUGCUGAAAAGGAAUUUUGAUUCUGACAGCCCUUGCAGCCAGUGUAAUGGGCACUUUCUGCUUCCUGCUGGGGGAAAAAAAAAAAAACCAAGACAGCUGUAGUAUUUUUUCCAAUGUUAAUACUUAGAAUUGGGGAAUCCUCCUCCCUGCUGGUGGUGGUGUUACUUUUUAGUGCACUUUUUGCUGCCAAACAAUUGGUAUAAAUUAGUUUUCUUUUUUUUUUCUUUUCCUUAAAAAAGUAAUUAUUGUACUAUCUGUAGUAUUCACAUGAUCCUAAAAAUUACAGUGGCAUUUAUAAAGUAACUGUUAUGUGUAUAUCUUAAGUUCUGGCCGAAUAAGAAAAAAAGUUUUGGUUUUUUUUUUCCAGAGGAAAUUGAAUUAAUUAGUAUUAUUCAUUUACAUCAUGUCUAACUGUUCUACAGGAAAACAUUCAUACUGUGAAAUUGGUUUCUUUUGGUUUUUUUAAAGCAUUCAUAAUAGGUAUAAUGAAUAAUAACAAAUCAGACACCACUGUUUCUCAUAAGACAAUUUCAACUGUACUUUGGUUGCUGUGAAUGUGUCGUUUCCUCAGCCGCUCUCCGUUAAAUAAUUCUCUUUACAGACACAGUCCGAAUAAAGCAAAAGUCCUUAAAAUGUGUUUACCUGUUUGAGGAAUUGUGCCGCUUCCCGAGCUGCAGUCACUGAGGUGGGAACUGCUGAUAAGGUUUUAGGCUGUGCGAUUUGUUCGGCACAGAUGAGACUGUAGUUGCGCAAGUGAAAUUAUGCAAGAAUAAAUCCAGGUUUUUUA